AUGGCGGAGUCGACGCCGAACCCAACAGUAAGCUUAGCAACACGAUUGAAGGUAGAAGGCAAUGCCUCAGAAUGCUGGGGAUCUCUGUUUCAACUCCAAGCAUGUAGCAGCGAAAUCAUCACAUUCUUUCUUAAUGGAAAGAUUCACUUAAGUCCCAAAUGUUGUCACUCAAUCGAUAUCAUCCAGCAUAAGUGUUGGCCAACAUUACUCAGCUCAUUGGGAUACACAGUAGAAGAAGGCAACAUUCUAGAGGUCUAUUGUGACACUACUGGUAGCAAACCUCCAACUCCACCCUCACCUCCACUGCCACCAUCCAUGGAGCCUGAAGGUCUUGCUCCUUGA